AGAGACGGUGAUAUCGCGAGCUCAAUGGUUAAAUUUUAGUCUGUCUUCUGCUAUAUUUUUCGUUAAAAAACCACAGCUGGGCAAAAUGGGCUCGCGGGCGUUGUUACUGCGGUGUGCAAAUCGUCUUGUCAGUUGCAAUAAACAAUGCCAAUACUUGUCGAGUUCGGCCGCACUCAGCAAGAAUCUCGCGGAUGUAGACAAGGCUCUGCAGAUUCACGAACCAAGUAGGAAAAAUCUCGAUGAUGUCCUUGUCAGCAAAACAGCUGCUGAAUAUGAGAAGGAGCUGCAUGGUUUAAUCACAGUUGAAAGUGAAGUAAAUGCUGUUGGUAUCACUUCAGGUGUUCCAGAUGAGCACAUCAAAACGAGAACAGUGCUCAUCUACAAGCCAGCGAAAAAUGCUAUGCAGUCUGGAACAAAUAACAUUAACUUCUGGCAGAUAUCCUUUGAUACCAGAGAGCGCUGGGAGAAUCCUUUGAUGGGCUGGUGCUCUUCUGGUGAUCCGCUGCAAGCCACAAGAGUUAAUUUUCAAACAGCAGAACAGGCCAUAGAGCACUGCAAACACAUGGGAUGGAAGUACGUUGUACAAAAGGAGAACAAAAGUGAUCCAAAGCCUCGUUCUUAUGGUACCAAUUUCUCAUGGGACAAGCGUACUAGGGUGACCACAAAGUAACUUGUAGCCAAUAUGUACAUAGAGUGAAAACUCUGUUUAAUGCAAAGUGUUAUCUUAGUGAUAUAUAAAGUCCUGAAUAAAUUUCGUAUGCUCGUCUUGUUAAUUCUGAAGUCAUCUACUUCUGCAACUGUAGCCGAUCCUUGACAAUGUCAGAGCUGUAACUUAUAAUUUGAGGAAUCUUUCAAGAGUGAAAUAAAGACAAACACUUGUUAUCGA